AGAGGAGGUGCAGCAGGGCCGGCGCGGUGCGGGAGUUGUGCUGCUGACCGGGAACUCACUUGUGCUGCAGAAAGUCGGCAGAGGCAGUGGUGGUCUCUACUCGUGCAGCGCCGAAAACAUACGAGGCAACGAAACGAGCAACGUCAUCCGUCUCCAUGUGAUUUACGCGCCGCGGUGUCAGGUUCAGGAGCAGGUAGUGACGGUGACACCGGGAGUUAACGAGACUCUCAAGUGUGCAAUGGACGCCCAUCCACCACCAGAUCGCUUCUUUUGGUCUGUCAAUAGCACACAGGAUGGUCUACACGUAGUUCCCCAGAAUCAGUUCGAGUGGUUUGGCAAUAUCUCCAGGUUUACCUAUACCCCGCCGGUCUCCCUCGCCAAGAUGUUGGUGCUUUGCUGGGCGAUGAAUACACAGGGAAGAACCAAGCACCCAUGCACUAUCACCCUCAUCCAAGCAGGAAUGCCAGAGCGUGUCCAGAGUUGCACCGUGGUAGAGCAGCGUGUCUCUUCCCUUAAAGUAACCUGCACGCCUGGGUUCAAUGGUGGACUUCAGCAGCGGUUUAUUGCAAUGGUGUUGGAACCAGGUGAAAAACAUACUGUUGCUAAUGUGACGGUGGAUGACCCUGAAUUUACCAUCGGAGGCCUGACGCCUGGAUUUGAUUAUACGGUUAAAGUGUUUGCCUUCAACAGCCGCGGCAGGUCGGAGCCCUACAUCCUUGACGGCUUUUCCCUUAAAGUGGCUGAAAAUCGCAUGGAUUCGGGCGACGAGGUGCCGAUUCAAGACGUCUCUCCUCUCCUCGCCCACUUCAUCGGGGUGCUGGCUGCCUUCGUGCUUACCCUCACCGUUAUCAUCGUGGCUACCAAGCUAAAAUGUCGAGUAAGGGCCUUCUCCUUGGGUAGCACCGGAGGUGGCAAAAGCGAGGAGAGUGAUGAUGGCGCUGAAAGUAGAGGUAAUGAAAAGAAGAGUACAGCAGAAGAAAAGUUGAGGGGGAUGAGAAUUCUCGAUUGUGAUGAGAGAGCGAUGGGAACGCUUUCGUUGCAUCAGCAGCAGCAACAACGCCAGCAGAUGCAGCAGCAGUCACCACAGCAAACUCAACAGCACCAACUCUAUUUCGGAGUGCACCCAUCUCAUGAAAUAGGUAAAAACAAUCAAUGAAAACUAGUUAAACAGUUACAGUGCAGGUGACUUGUUUUACGAGAGGAUUUUUACAUAUUUUAUGAAUGUUACGUCC